AUGCGAUCUUGCCGGUUAAAACUUACAACGACUUCUCAUAACCAUAUUUUGAUAGCACUGGAUGCUACUACUACUCCACUUCAACCAGCACCACAUAUGUCCGAACAAUUACCUAUUUACGAUCAUGGAUGCUCAUCGAUUUUGGUGUCACAAUUACCUGAAAUUCAAAUGAUUGGCAAUGCAAUACAAACAUUAUAUUCAGAACAAGUUGAGAACUUGUCUAAUGCUGCAUAUGAUGCUGUUCCCGAUCAAUGUAAUUGGAAUGAUACUGGAAUCAAAUUAUUUGAAAACAAUGAAAAUCUAUAUGAUCCUUUCAAUCCUUCGAUUGAAUUAGUGCAUCAACCGCACGCAUCUUCUCGAUUAAACCAAUCAUCGACAACAAUAUCUGAUCGAUCGGCUAACAUAACAACCGACAAUUCUCGAAAUAGUUGUUUCGAAGUGGUUACUAAUGUUAUUAGUAACUUUUUGACUCCAUCAUUUUUAUCACCGAGUAAAAAAUGA